CCUUUCUCUUCGUAUAUAUAUAUUCUUAAUUUCCGAACCCUAAAUCACAAUUCUCUUUGCUCUGUUUAGCACUUAGCAGUUGGCCGAAUCUUGUUUAAUACAAUUUCUCUAUUUCCCACAACCAAAAAUGAGAGAGUGCAUCUCAAUCCACAUUGGUCAGGCUGGUAUUCAAGUUGGUAAUGCCUGCUGGGAACUCUACUGCCUCGAACAUGGCAUUCAGCCUGAUGGGCAGAUGCCAGGUGACAAGACUGUUGGGGGAGGAGACGAUGCCUUCAACACAUUUUUUAGCGAAACUGGGGCUGGGAAGCACGUUCCUCGUGCUGUGUUUUUGGACUUGGAACCAACUGUGAUUGACGAGGUCAGGACUGGGGCUUAUCGCCAACUAUUUCAUCCUGAACAACUUAUUAGUGGCAAAGAAGAUGCUGCCAAUAACUUUGCAAGAGGCCACUACACAAUUGGGAAAGAGAUUGUGGACUUGUGUCUUGACAGGAUUAGGAAGCUAGCAGAUAACUGUACUGGGCUUCAAGGAUUUUUAGUUUUUCAUGCUGUUGGUGGGGGUACUGGUUCUGGGCUUGGAUCUUUGCUUUUGGAGAGGCUUUCUGUUGAUUAUGGAAAGAAAUCGAAGCUUGGUUUCACCGUUUACCCUUCGCCACAAGUCUCCACCUCUGUGGUCGAGCCUUAUAACAGUGUGUUGUCCACUCAUUCACUUCUAGAACACACUGAUGUUUCUGUGUUGCUUGAUAAUGAGGCCAUCUACGAUAUUUGCCGCAGAUCUCUUGAUAUUGAGAGACCCACAUACACUAAUCUCAACAGGCUUGUGUCUCAGGUUAUCUCCUCGUUGACAGCAUCGCUUCGAUUUGAUGGAGCAUUGAAUGUGGAUGUGACAGAAUUCCAAACCAAUUUGGUCCCAUACCCUCGAAUCCAUUUCAUGCUUUCUUCAUAUGCCCCAGUUAUCUCUGCAGAGAAGGCCUACCAUGAGCAACUCUCUGUCGCUGAAGUGACAAACAGUGCUUUCGAGCCAUCUUCAAUGAUGGCAAAAUGUGACCCUCGCCAUGGUAAAUACAUGGCAUGUUGCUUGAUGUAUAGAGGGGAUGUGGUGCCAAAGGAUGUGAACGCAGCAGUAGCAACAAUUAAGACCAAGAGGACUAUUCAAUUUGUUGAUUGGUGCCCAACUGGGUUUAAAUGUGGUAUUAACUACCAGCCUCCUACUGUUGUUCCUGGUGGUGACUUGGCUAAAGUUCAGAGGGCAGUUUGCAUGAUUUCAAACUCGACCAGCGUUGCUGAGGUGUUCUCUAGGAUCGAUCACAAGUUCGAUCUCAUGUAUGCGAAGCGUGCUUUUGUGCAUUGGUAUGUUGGUGAAGGAAUGGAGGAAGGAGAGUUUUCAGAAGCUAGGGAGGAUUUGGCUGCUCUGGAAAAGGAUUAUGAGGAAGUUGGGGCAGAGUCCGCUGAAGGGGAAGACGAUGAUGGAGAGGAAUACAUGUAAUGCCAGGUGUUUUUUGCGGGGAAGUUGUUCUGCCAAUGGGCUCAUUGGUUUGUAACAAGGGCAUGGAUAGGACUAGUUGUUGCUGUUAGGUUGUAGGUAACUGGAUGGACAAGAAUGAUUUAGUCGUUUCCUUCUCUAGAUUUUUCGGAUCUAGUAGUAAAAAUGUUGGCUUGUUUUGAAUGUAAUGAAACUAUCCUCUGUUUUGCUCUC